AUGCAGCAUGAGACACACCGUGUGCCGGUGACAGCACUCGCCUUCUGGGACGACGAUGUAGUGCUCACGGGAGAGGGCGGUCUUCUUCGAGCCUACAAUAUUAAAACAAGAAGAUUACUCGCUUCAGCACAACUUUUUCGAGGCCAAGCUAUUCAUGGGGUCAUUACGCGGUCUGGGAACACCUCUGGAGGAGAGCUGUUAGUACAUGGCGGCCAUGACAUUUGCCGUGUACGCCUUGUAAGGCAGUCCACUUCCAGCAUAGACAUCGAGGUCGGCGAAGUCGCGAAGGCCGAUGACUGGAUUCUUCAUGCUGCCUUCUCUCCUCAAGCACUGAACAAUGGUGGCGACUUCACAGCAGCAAUCGUAACAGCGCACAACGCCCUGAUUCUGGUCAAGCCCAGGCACACAAACAACCGAAACGAUCUGAGGCUAAGUCUGGAGCCCGUAGUCUCGGGUUCCAAUUGCAUUCUCUACUGCGCACAAGUAACAUGGCUAAGUGCUUCCCAUUGUCUCAUUGCGUCCGGCACUGCUUUUGGAGACAUCGUCGUCUGGUCGUGCUUUCUACGGCAAGAUGGCGACGCUCUCCCUGCUUCACAUCAAACGCACUACGCGUUUCCCGCGCAUGAAGGAUCAGUCUUUGGUGUUGAGCUGUCUACCUCGGAUGCAGCCAAAGCAGUCGGCGACUACCAGCAUCUGCUAGCCUCAUGCUCUGAUGAUCGCACAAUACGCUUGUGGGAUGUGUCUGACCUCAGUCUGCAAGCUCCUGAGAUCUCAGAUCAACAACAGGAGACUGGCUUCGGUGCAAAAAGUGUUGAAGGCUAUGGCCCACCUUUACUGGCCAAGGUCAUGGGCCAUGUUUCCAGGAUCUGGCAUGUACGAUUCUUCCAUCAGCAGCCCGAAGGCGAGGUCUACGUGCUGUCAUUCGGAGAGGAUGCCCAUUGUAUAACCUGGAGGCUGGAGGCUGCAAAAGCCGAGGAGACCAACGCAUCUCAAAAGUUGACCCAGGUGAACGCAGAAAGACUGCACAAUGGCAAAAACAUCUGGUCACUCGCGGUCCACAACGACUCGCAGAUUAUCACUGGAGGCGCUGAUGGUGCGCUAGCUUCGUUCCACUUCACCGAUGUAAAGUCUCUACUGUCUCGACAGGGCGAGGUGUCACCCUACCCGCAGACAAUCACGACUGGCAGCAACUAUCGAUCAUAUGGUUUCAUCAGCCAAAAUAGCCUCAUAGCAACCGACGAUCAGGGACAAGUCCAUCUACUGGGCCUGGACAACGGAAGCUGGCAAGCUAGGAUAAUUUUUGACUGCCUGCCCGAGCUUCGUGGAUACUCUGCCAUUGCCAGUGCAUCGGGGUUGGCUUUCGUUGCAGUGUCGCAAGGUUCGGUUUAUUCCUGCACGGAGCACGCAAGUGACUUGCAGCCUCUACUUACUACAGAACGAAAGGUGGCUGGGCUGUUCGUUGCGGGACACUACUACGAUGCGUCCGCCCCUUGUCCGAGGGAUCUGGACCUGUUGAUUACCAACGUCGGAAGCAGCAUUGUCUUGUACUGCCAGCAUGGUGAACCUGCUACCGGCGAAGGGAAGCUGAGCCUUCCAGAUGGAUUCGUUGUGACUAGCUUUACCACAUAUCAUAGCGGGGCCGACGAGCAUAUCAUUGUGCUUGGCUCGAGAGGUGGUUCGAUCGCCGUGUACAGAAGGUACCGGCAGGACGAGCUUCUGUCGCCGUCCGUCGUGAGCACAAAUGUGCACAGCGAAGAGACUGUCACUAAGCUUGUUCUUUCAGAGCCACCAGACAACAAGCCUAGCAACAAGCUCUGGCUCUUUUCAACUGGCCGCGAUGGCACAUUUGCGGCCCAUGAAAUCCGACUGGACGAUACUGAUAUCGCACUGGCGACUCGACAUCAAUUGCAGCUGCCGUUCGGUCCCAACAUAGAAGGCUGCGAAGUAAAUGCUCAAGGCAACAUCCGGGUCUGGGGAUUUCGAGGCAAACAAUUCGUUGUUCUCGACGUGACGAUACAACAAGAGAUCAUGUCCAUAGAGUGCGGUGGCGUGCAUCGCAACUGGGCAUUCCAGAGCAGUGAAGCCGGCGGCACUUUCGUCUGGACGAAAGCUUCCAAGCUAUACUUCGCGCACCAGGAGCAUCUUCCUAACCAAACCGUCAACUCAGGUGGUCAUGGCAGAGAAAUGAAGUGUAUCGCCACAUCGCCUGUUGAUCCUGGACUCUUUGCAACCGGCGCAGAAGACACAGACAUCAAGCUGAACAGGUGUGAAAAUGGUAGCUUCAGGUGUAUCCAUACACUCCAGAAGCACGUCACCGGCAUUCAGCACCUCCAAUGGUCCUCGGAUGGACAGUACCUCUUCUCCAGCGGCGGCUUCGAACAGUUCCUAGUCUGGCGUAUCACCACAGACAUCCCUCAGCUUGAUCUCGGCGUGAUCUGCGCGUCUCGACACCCCAAGAGCGGCACAUCAGACUUGCGGAUCAUGAGCUUCGACGUUGCAGACCAGAAAGCUCACGAUAAAGACGCGAUGUUCCGCAUCACAAUGGUCUACUCGGACUCCACCGUUCGCUGUUGGCAGUAUCACGACGGAACAUGGAUCCUCCUAGCAGAAGGCGAUUACCUUACAUCGUGUCUGACUCAAUACUUGCACGGUGCCGAUCACGAACGAUUCAUUACAGCGAGUACCGAUGGAAUCCUCACAACCUGGUUGACGGAUAACAAGCAGAAGAAAUUGAAAUGGAAGCAGAGACACAAAGUCCACCAAAGUGCAAUCCUGAGCACAGUCCAGCUAAGCUUUGCAGCAGUGGGCACUUUGAUACUCACCGGCGGCGACGACAACGCGAUCGGGAUCACACUAGUUGCAGAGUCAGAGCCACAGACGUUGUUCCGGACAUUGCUCAUACCGCGUGCUCACGCGGCGGCUGUGACGGCGCUUGCCAUUGUGGCCGUCAGCGAGGGUCACUUCUGGUUUGUAUCGGCGAGUAUCGAUCAGCGCGUGAAGCUGUGGCAGGUGGAGCUCGACCACAGGAAGAAAGGCAGCGACAUGAUCGAUGUGAAGCUCGUGGCGAACGUCUUUACUGCUGUUGCUGAUGUGUCGAGUAUGGAGCAGAUUCGAUGCGAGGAUGGGCAGGAGGGAUUGUUGGUUGCUGGGGUUGGGUUGGAUGUUUGGAAGGUGCCACGGCUCGAAGAUGGGAGUGAAAGCGGUUGA